AGAGAUUUCUCAGUGUGCUGGAAUUCAUCAGUUGUAAUAUAAUUGGUUGAAUACUUGAAUAAAAAAAAAUUAUCAAUUGUAUUAUUACUCUUUUGUGUUUGGAUCGUGUUCUUAGCACACUGACCGUGACAUUUAUAAUGUUUCAAAUUAUAUAACCCAUCUCAAACGACCAAAUUCUUAUAUAUUUAUUCUUCUCACACGAUGAAUCUCUAUGGACCUCCGUCUCAUAUAUUUCAACCAAAUUAGAUCACACCUUCAAAUACAAUUAUACGAUUUCACAUGAGACUAAUGAAGCCACCGCCGCUCUCCUCCUCCUCCUCUGCCGCCGCCGUCUUCCGCAAGGCUCGACUCUCUCCCUACCUCUUCACUCUCCUCGUCUUCAUCCUCUUCGUCUGCGUCCUCUACGGCGAGGAUCUCACCUGCAUUUUCGGCCAGCAGCUCCAACUCACCUCCAGCUCAGACCCAAUCGUCAUCAGAACAGGGAAGAAGAGAGAGAAGCUGCCGUUCGCCGUCGGCAAGACCGACGAAGGGUGUGACUUGUUCAGCGGGAGGUGGGUCUUCGACGAGUCAACUCGGCCGCUUUACGAGGAAUCGGAGUGCCCGUACAUCCAGCCACAGUUGACCUGCCAAGAACACGGGCGGCCCGACAAGGACUACCAGAAAUGGCGGUGGCAGCCCCACGGCUGCGAUCUUCCCAGCUUCAAUGCCACUUUGAUGCUCGAGACGCUACGAGGAAAGCGGAUGAUGUUCGUUGGAGACUCUCUGAACCGGGGUCAGUAUGUUUCCAUGAUUUGUCUUCUCCACAAACUCAUCCCGGAUGAUGCCAAAUCCAUGGAGAGCUUUGACUCAGACUCGCGAACUGUUUUCACAGCCAAGACAUACAAUGCCACAAUCGAGUUCUAUUGGGCGCCGUUUCUUCUUGAAUCAAACGCGGAUAAUGCUGUCGUCCAUAGGAUAUCUGACAGGCUUGUAAGGAAAGGGUCCGUCAAUAAGCAUGGCAAACAUUGGAAGGGCGUUGAUGUAUUGGUGUUCAAUACUUAUCUGUGGUGGAUGACCGGCUUGGAAUUUAAAAUAUUUUUUAAUUUCAGACUAGGUUCCUUCAAUGAUGAGGUGAAAGAUAUUGUGAAUGUGCCAACGACAGAGGCUUAUCGUAUGGCGAUGAAAACUAUGUUAAGAUGGGUGAGGAGGAACAUGGACCCCAAGAAGACGAGGGUCUUUUUCACUAGCAUGUCUCCUUCUCAUGGAAAGAGUAUAGAAUGGGGAGGUGAACCAGGAGGCAACUGUUACAACCAGACUACUUUGAUUGAAGAUCCAAACUACUGGGGUUCAGAUUCCCGGAAAAACAUAAUGGAGGUAAUUGGAGAAGUAUUCGGUAAAACGACGGUGCCCAUUUCUUUUCUCAACAUCACGCAACUUUCAAACUAUCGCAAGGAUGCACACACAUCAAUCUACAAGAAGCAGUGGAGCCCUCUGACUCCCGAGCAAUUAGCCAACCCUGUUAGCUAUGCUGAUUGCGUACAUUGGUGUUUGCCUGGCCUUCAAGAUACCUGGAAUGAGCUUCUGUUCGCCAAACUUUUCUAUCCUUGAUCGUGGUCCAAAGUGGUGAGUUCUCGUCCUUCCGGCCUUUCGGGAUGGUCAUUGCAUGGUGGUGGCAAUUGAAUAGUGUAAUUAUCCAUGAAAAAUGUGAGAUGGAAGGCAAAAGAAAGAGAGAAGAAGAAGAUGUGGAUAAAGGAAGGGCCCUUGGAAGAAGAUAGAUUGAAUACUGCUUUGAAAUGUGAAAAAUGAAAUUUUGUUAUUAAAUUUGCGUUUUGUGAAGGAGAAUACUUGAGUGAUUGAUUAAAAGAAAGUACAGAAUUAUUGCAAUGUUUUCAAAGCCAUUUUGGUGUUGGUCCGGUUUCACAGAUGGCUUCGAAGCCAAACGACAUUGUAAUUUUCGUUCAUCAUCACCAUCAUGUAUCACUCACUGGACAACUUCUAAAAAUAUGUUGUUUUUAAUGUUGACCAUA